AUGUCCACUGAUUCAUUGAAAAAACCUGUGUACCACAGAAGGGAAGCCACUGAGUCGCUAGUUUCAUGUGUAAGCAGCUGGGGGAGAUUGCUUUCGAGUAAGAUAACAGAGGGUGGAGUACCAGGAGCAACUGAACGCCAAGAGCCACCUACGCGCACAAACACAAUGCAGCACAUGGGCAGGCACGUGGCCUACCCGAUGUGGCCACGGCCAAGCAACGUGAUUACGGGGACGCAAACUACUGCUACUACAGUAGUAAUACCACCAUCUUCAACAGCUCUACCACACACUUUCGACACGAAGGGCAUAUCUGACAUUGAGCCGUUACCAGAAUCUUCUUCUCUGGAUCGUCGGCAGCGAGAAGAGAAGAAGAUGUCUACCAUCACGCCUGCAACGACCGCCAGUAGCAGCAAACCCGAAGAUGAGGAGGGAGACUCGGAUUUGGAUAAACUUCUCAUGGAAAGUCCAACCACUACAGGUAUCAGUGUGCGUCGACAUCACGGCACUUCCUCUCUUCGGUUCGGAUCCACCCACAGCGGAUACUCGGACUCUGGUAUCUUCGAGACUAGCUCGCCGGGAAGCACUGCGACCCACUCUCUAGCAAGAAGCAGCACCACAACGUCCAAGAAGAAGCAGAAUAUACGACCUGUGGUACGAGACAUGUAUUCCGAGUACACAACUUCAACACCUCGGUCGGAGGAUGCGAUGAUGGUGGAGAGGGGCAAAACUGUCCUCUCUACAAUUUCUAUCAAACUUCGCCCCACUAUGGAUGCGUCCAUUAGCACAGAUGAUUUCUACUUCCCCCUAGACGCGUCCGUUCUACUACCCGCCCAGUCUGCUGCCCCCCUAAUAAUGAGCCGAGCUACAAUUUCAACCCCAACACUACCCCUGACCACAGUUCCCUUUCCGCCCUCAUCCCGAAGUGACCAACAAACCCAAACGGAGCUCAGGCCCCUUAAAACCAAACGAAAAAGCACAAAACACAUACUCCUCUUCCACCCUUCUCAUUACCCCGUGAAAACCCGUGUUGAACCAGUGCCGCCACACGCACAUGGUGCCAGCGACCAAUUGUGUGCUGAGCAAACAGUCGACUUAGGCACAAGCGUGCCAGCACCCGCAGGCGUCAUUCUUGUAAAAUCUACUACGGCAGCAACAAGUACUGCUGCUAUGGAGGCAAAACCAGUCAACCAAGCCCUCCGGGAAACAGCUCAUGGUAAACGGAAGAGGGGGGAGGAGGAGGAGGAAGAUAUGGAGGUACCCAGUGCAGCUGUAGCAAUUCAGGACCCUACCUCAGCUGAGGAGAGUGCAGACUCAAUGGAGGCUAGUUGGUAUCAACCGCAUCUUCAUCUCAGUGACAAAACCAAACGAUUCCAUAAGAAAAUUCGACGGAAAUAUAAGGAUGCUGAAGAAGACAUGGACAUAGGAGGGGAGAAAGAUUCCAAAGCAGAACAGUACGUCAAACAAAAAGGAAGUGGUGACGAAAAACUAGACUUUAACAAAGGGAUUCCUAAAGCAGGAAUAAAUAAAAUGGAAAAAGAAGGACAAGGAGAAAAGAGGGUAAAAGAUCAAAGGGAAGACAUAACCAAGAAAGACGUAAUUGAAAUAAAAGAAAAAGAUAUCAGGACACCACAAUUCGACUUUCGAAUAAAAGAACAUGGCAAAUAUGAAGGAAAUGAAAGCGCAGAAAGGAAAAGAAACAAUGAAACAACAAAAUGUAAAGCAGAAGCAGACGAAGAACAAAGUGAAAACAGAUCAGCAAAAGUACGAAAACAUCAAAAGAAAUUGAAAGGCUUCAAUAUGCCACAGAUAAAAAUAAAAAGCAAAGUAAAAACGCCACAUGAGGAAAUAAAGGCGCCGAUGGCAAAGAAAAAAGAUGUGUCCAAUGAAGAAGUGAAGACGGCGGAGGGUCUAAAAGAUGUCGGCAUGCCUGUGGCAGAUGCGCACGCCGAUGUAGACGGGAAUGUUGUUGGUGGAAAGGAGAAGAUACCCUCCUUUAAGAGUGGAAGCCUGCCCAUCUCACCACGCGACUUUUACGCGCAUUCAACCACCCCCGAGUUCAAGCGCCCCUCGGGCGUAGAGACUAUUGAUGAAGAAUGUUCUGGCACAGCAGAGAGAAAAAAGAGUGAGAAAAAUAUGCUUGAUUGGUUCCGUUUAAGCUGGCGUCGAACUAAGCGACGCAGAUCAGGUGUUAGUACUUCGAGUGGAGUGGAAGAUGGGCGUUCCUUGUCCAACACGGGUAGGCGGAGACCAAAGCCGUUAAAACAUAAAAAAACUACUGUCCAAAACACCGCCGUCACCCUUAUUACUUCCACCCCUGUGGAAGAUGAGGAUUUGGGUAUUCAAGCUGAUGUUGUUCCAACUACCCAACUCUCCGUGUCUUCACCAAGGUCCAAGUAUCAACGAUCCGAAGAAAAGAAUGCUGAACCCGCAUUACCAAUGGAGGCAGAAGUGCUUUGGGCUGAACAGAAAACUGCUGAAUUUCCCGUCGGAUUUUCAAACACACGCGGCUCGACGAAGACCAAAUGUAAAAAGAGGUCCACAAAACCCACCAAACCAGACCAACCACUGAUCAAAGAUGAGCCUAAUGCGUCAACUCCUCGACUACGUAAAUCGAGUGGCAGUCUAACCAGUGAACGUCUGCAACGCCAAACUUGGCAUCAUCCUGAAGUAGCGAUUAGUCCAAUCAUCGAUGCGAACAGUCGUACGCCACCAAAAUCUCCACUUUCUCCCCGACUAGAUGAUGAUAUCUCGGAGUGGUUUUCACAUGCCUACCGAUCUCACUAUGCUGAUACUUCACCGUUGCGAAAACCACGGCCCUGGAGUACGCUAGAUUUUCCGCCUCAAAACUGCACCUUCCUUAAUGAUGACCAUCUCUUCCCGUACUCCAUCACACCAACAAAGUUACCAAGCUGUCGUUGGAAGAGUGAUAAGGAGUAUGACGUUCCCUACAUAGAUGAUGAUGCGCUGCCCUUGGACGAACCAGAGUGGGCGCUUGGAGAAUCUCGGAGAACACUAACUCUAACUUCUGCUGAUGCCGAUUUCUGGCGCACUGCAAUUGCCGAGGAAGAGAGGAGUGAAGCAUCCGGUGAAAGUGGAUGGGGUUCAAAGCGACAUUUAAAGAAGUGCAGAAGUCUAGUACCCUACCACUUCAAGGAGAAGAACAGAGUCCAGCCUAGUCGAACACCCAGAUUAGUAAAACCCCCGGUCGAAGGUACAGAUCAGUUUUCGAAAAGAGCUUGA